AUGUCCGUCCACGCCAGAGACCGGGCCACCUUGCUGCACUGGGUCUAGCGCCACAGCGACCACACCCACGACGCAACCAACGAGCGGAGCUUUGUAGCUUCUAACCUCGGGCCCCGCCGCCGUCUGCAGGCCCUUCGGCCGUUGUGCCUCUAUUUAUCACCUGUGUAGCGCUAGCAUGUUCCGGGCUCCUCGGCGAUUUGGACUGACUUGUGCUGAGCCCACCUUAGGUCAUUGACCACCCAACCCACUCAUCGUUAUUAUCUACCAUACCCCGGAUUCUCCCCUCCUUUUCUCUCCUUCUCCUCAUUGUUCCUUCAAGCUCCAAGAUUUGUUUACCCUCCACCAGCUUGCCCAACAUGCCGCAGGCCAACUUUGAGUCCUACUACAAGCGGACCACCGAUUUCCCCGAGAAGAAUGGUCCCUUUGGCUUGCCCAUCCCCAACUCGGAGCGGCCAAACCGCAGUGCUGUCUACAGACAUCACCGCUUCCGCGAUGGCCCGCUGCUGACUACCAUGGACCCCAACAUUCGCACUAUCCAUGACAUGCUCGAGUUUGUCUUCCAGGAGAAGCCCAAGCAUAAGUGCUUUGGCGUCCGCAAGUGGAUUCCUGAGACCAAGACCUGGGAGCCCAAGUACUCGUGGGUCACUUUUGGCGAGGUCGCUGAGCGCCGCAAGAACCUUGGUACUGGUAUUGUAGAGAUUCUCCAGAAGCUUGGCUACACAGGAGACAAGUACGGUGUUGGUCUCUGGUCGCAGAACCGCCCUGAGUGGCAUCUGAUUGAUAUGGCUGCCACUUCGCAGGCCUUGUUCACCGUGUCUCUCUACGAUACGCUUGGUCCCGAUACCACCGAAUACAUUAUCAACCACGCCGAGCUUCCCAUCAUUGCUUGCUCUGUCGACCACAUUCCCACUCUCCUCCAACUUGCACCCCGCAUACCCACCCUCAAGGCCAUCAUUAGCCUUGAUGCCCUAGAGCAUGGCGAGGAGGCCGGCCGAUCGAAGCGUGAACUCCUUAACCAGAUGGCAGCUCCUGUUGGUCUUAAAAUCUAUGGCUUGGAAGAGGUCGAGCAGAUUGGUAUCCAGUCUGGUCGUCCCAUGCGCUCGCCCCAGCCUGAAGACUUCAGCACCAUCAACUACACCUCUGGUACAACUGGCCCUCCCAAGGGUGUUGUCCUAACCCACAACAUGGCUGUUUCCGCAGUCAACACCGCCAUGGCUACCGCCGGGAUCAACAACGGCGAUACCCACAUCUCCUACCUUCCUCUGGCUCACAUCUACGGCCGACUGGUGGACCAGCUUACCAUUGUAUGCGGUGGUGCUACCGGCUUCUUCCACGGUGAUCCAUUGGGUCUCAUUGAGGAUUUGAAGAUUCUGAAGCCCACGACCUUUGUCUCCGUUCCUAGACUCUACAACCGUAUCAACUCCGCCAUCAAGACAGCUACAGUUGAUGCUCCCGGUGUCAAGGGUAGCUUGAUGAGACAUGUUAUCAACACCAAGAAGUCCUACAUGAGCCUCCCUCUGGGUCAAGCGCACAACUCCCACUUCCUGUAUGACCGCACUUUGAUCCCCAAGAUUCGAUCGGCCGUCGGAAUGGACAAGGUCCGCUCCAUGACCAGUGGAAGUGCCCAGCUCGAUCCUGAUGUGCAGGAGUUCCUUGGUGCCGCAUUCUCGAACCACUUCCGUCAAGGCUACGGUAUGACGGAGACUUACGCUGUUGCCACCGUCCAGCUUCCUGGCGACUACCGCAAGAACUGCCUCGGCCCUCCUCUUCCCAACACGGAAAUUUGCCUCGAGUCCGUACCAGACUACAACUACUCGGUUGAGGACAAGCCGUACCCCCGUGGUGAGAUUCUUCUCCGUGGUCCUGGUAUUUUCAAGGGCUACUACAAGAAUAAGGAGGAGACGGAUAAGACCGUCGAGGCUGAUGGCUGGUUCCAUACUGGCGACAUUGGCUUGAUUGACGAGACCGGCUGCCUCAAGAUCAUUGACCGCAAGAAGAACGUGCUUAAGCUCGCCCAGGGAGAGUACAUCUCCCCCGAACGCAUUGAGAACGCCUACCUCGCCAACACCAACCUGCUUGCCGCUGCCUACGUUCACGGUGACUCUAGCCAGGCCUCACUGGUUGCCAUCUUUGCCGUUGAUCCUGAGAACUUUGCUCCGUUUGCCGGCAAGAUUCUCGGCCGCUCUAUUGCCGCUAAUGACAGAGACGCCGUUACUGCCGCAUGCUCCGAGCCCCAAGUCAAGGCUGAGCUGCAGAAGGUGUUGGCCAAGAUUGGCCGCAAGCUCAAGUUCAACAGCUACGAAAACGUUCGCAACUUUGACUUGGCUGUGGAGCCUUUCACCGUUGAUAACGGCAUUCUUACCCCUACUCUUAAGCUGAAGCGUCCUAUUGCCGGCAAGGCCUUCCGAACCAACAUCGACCGCUUAUACGCUGAACUUGCCAAGGCAACCCCGGCAGCCACAAUGAAGCUGUAAAGCUGUAACUUAUAGAUAUAUCGCCCAUGUAACGUUCAAAGAUCGUCCCAGGAUUGGGUGUGCUGGUGAAAGUACCACUGCACAUUAGCGUGUUUUUAGUAAAGAUUUCUCACUACUUAUUUAAAAUGGAAAAUGAAAAUUGUUUAAAUUUAACUAGAAUUUUUGUUACGG